AUGGGUUGUGUGUAUGCCACUCAUGCCACUCAUGCUACUGAUGCUCUUCCUUCCCUUCCUCCGCCGGUGUACCCCCUCUCUGCCUCCCUCCCAAUCCCAUGCCGUUCCCCUGACUGCCUUGCUUCUCUCGCUGCCUGUUCCCCUGAUCGUCUUGCUUCCUUCCUGCCCGUUCUCCUGACUGCUGCCCAGUCUUCAUGUCUCUCUCCCUGCUUCUCUCUCCCUCUCCCCCCUCUGCCGUCGCUCGUGCGUGCAGCAGCGCUUCUCGCCUUUCUCCUUCCGUCACUCGCGCUCGCCAGCCCCACGGGGGAAGGUGAGGCCAGGCCGCGGCGCACUAUCUCAAUCUGCUUUGACCUCUGCUUUGUCCGCACAAGGCUUGUGUCUGCUGUUCCUGCUAUUUCUGCUGCAGCAGUGAGACCGCAACCUCUAGCUGCUGCUUCCAGUCAUGCUGCGCUUUGCACUGUUUUUUUUGGGGCCGAAAUCCCUCUAGCUGCUGCUGCUUGUUUCUUUGCCUCUUUCGUUCCCUCUCUCCCUCCCUCCCUUGCUCACACACUUUCUAUAUCCAUCAUUUUCCCUACUUCCGACCUCUUCUCUUUAUUCUUCGCUCUCUCCCACUUCCCCGUUCUCCCUAUCUUCCUUCUCUUCUACCCUCCUCGCUCCGCGCCUCCAACGACUUUCUCUGCAGCCCACUUCGGCACCACUCUCCGUCUCUCGAAAACCGCAGGCCCAUAUCGCGAGGCACGGUCCCGGCCUACACCAUCCAAUACGGUGCCGCCCCCAUUCCUGCCCUUUGCUUCCGCCUCCCCUCCUCUCCCCCCCUCUCUCCUUCCUUUCCUGCGCAUCGCAGGGCCAUAUCGUGAGGCACAACCCCGGCCUAUACCAUCCGCUUCGGUGCCGCCGUUGCUGGCGCCGACUCCCCUCCCAGCCACCUCAUCCUCGCACUGCCACGUGGCGCGCCGCCAUUGGUCCUGUGCGGGGACGGCUCUUCUGGAUCUGUUGGGUCUGCUGGGUGCUAUAAAUGCUUCAUCAGUUCUAUUAACUCACGAUUUUUGUUAUCCACUAAAUAUAAAAUUUAAAAGCCAGUGGGUGGCAACAACUCCGUCCGUGUGGGAGGCGGCGGGGGAGAGGAGAAUGAACGGAGUGGAUGUUCGGCAGGGGAGGGUGCUGGAAAAAAUACUGAGGGGAGAUGAGGAGGAGAACGAGGAGGGGAAUGAGGAGGGGAGUGGGGAGGGGAGUGGGGAGGGGAGUGGGGAGGAUAUGAUUGCAAGGAUGGGGAAUGAGGGGCAUGGUGAUCUGGUAGGAGCGCUUCGGAGAAGCCGCGAGUACAAUCAUGACAUCAUCAUUCCGCGCUACCCCCCACAGGACCCGCGCCUGGAAGUGCGGCUGGAGGGGGAAAUGGGGGAGAUGGGGGAGGGACUUGCAUUGGGCAUGCGCGGAGGGGCGUUUAUGCUGGGAGCUUUCAAGUAA